CUUAUUGCAACCUUACAUUUACAAAAUGAAGAUAAUGCUAAGGAAGACUCUUACAAAUUAAAAAGUCUUAUGCUUGAAGAUCAUGAAUGGUUAUUGUUAAAUAAAUUAGUAAAUGUACUUCAACCAUUUGAUGAAUUAAUAUCUUAUUUUAGCAGAAUUCAAUAUACUACUCUUUCAGUUAUUAAUCUAAAUAUUAAAACAUUAAAAUUUGAAUUUACUGAUGAUAGUAUAUUAACAUUAGAAGAAUUAAAUAAUAUUAUCAAUAGAAGCAAAAUUAACAUUAAUGAAA